AUGGAGAGGUUAAAAGAGAAAGUAAAGGGCCAUGUUAAUGUUGAGGAAAAUGAAGAUGGUGAGGACAAUAAAUCAUCUGAAGACUCUUUGAAUGGUAUACACUUUGAAGAUAAUGAAGAAGAGAGGAUGCACGAUUUUGAUGAAGACAUGGGUGAAGGUGCUGGUACAAGUGGAAUGGAUAAUGGUGAUGGUACAUGUCAAAUGGAUAAUGGUCAAGGGAUACAUAAAGGGUUGACUACAACUGAGAUGCAAAGGGAACAUGUAAUUGAGGAUGAUUACAUCACAUAUGAGCUUGAUAGUGGGACAGAUGAUGAUAGUGAUGACGGUAGACCUUUAGUGAUAAGGUUUAAUGAACAUGAAAACCUUAGAAAAGAAUUUAAAUUCAAGGUGGGAAUGGAAUUUUCUUCCUUGAAGCAAUUUAAAAAGGUUGUACUGGAACACAAUGUGUUGAAUGGUAGGGACGUUAGGUUUUCUAGAAUUGAUGAGACAAGAGUGGUUGUUGACAAGUUGAAGAACAAUUCAGGUAUGAAAUUGAAUGAAGUUGUAGCAGAUGUAAGAUUGGGGUUUGCUAUAGAAAUUACUAGAUGUAGAGCUUUCAAAACAAGGCAGCUAGCUAGAAAGGUUGUUGAAGGGGACUCAGCCAAGAAAGACAGUAUGCUAUGGUCAUAUGGAGUUGAAUUGAGGAGGGCAUCCUAA